AUGAGCUUGAAAUUUGUUCUGUGCCUGUUGUUGGCACUAUGUUGUGGCCUGGCCGUGGCAAAGUCCGUGCCAAAGACGGAAAGACAGGUGCUGUUCUAUAAGCUGGAGGAUGUCGGCAAUGACGAUCCGGAGAUGUACGAGCCUGAGGCUUUCUACAGCAAUUUGAGGAGCCAGAAGGAGGAGGACGAUGAAAGUAGUACUCUGACAAUGCCUGAUGACGAGCAAGAGGAAGACACGACUCAGGACACAGCACGUCAGUUGGCAUAUCCUUCGUCUCCCUACUAUUAUCCACCCUACGGAUAUCCACCCUACUACUAUCCUUACCCACCACCGGGCUCAGCACAACCGGCUCCACCACCACCAAAGGACGAGACUGAGCCUGAUGAUAAGCCAUCAACACCACCAGGACAUCAGCAUCCUCCAGGACAUCAUCUUCCUGGACCGUAUCCUCCAGGACAUCAUCAUCCUCCUGGUCAUUAUCCACCUGGACAUCAUCAUCCUCCUGGUCAUUAUCCACCUGGACAUCACCAUCCUCCUGGUCCUUAUCCACCUCAUCAUCAUCAUCCUCCUGGACACCAUCAUCCUGGCCAUCCUGGCUAUCCCUAUCCUGGCUAUCCUUAUCCUGGUUGGCCAUAUCCCGGCUAUCCAUAUCCUUAUCCAGGUUAUCCCUAUCCCAAGCCACCCAAGCCAACACCGAAACCACCGCAAGAAGACAACACCAAAUACUGCAAAAUUAUCAUUCCAUUUGGCAAGGUGUGUUUCUGA